AUGACCGCGAGUAACCUUGUCCCUUGGCGGUCUCAAGCAGCCGCUGCCCACCCGAGGCCGCCCCGCAAUCUCCUCCCCGCCCGCUUCCAUCUUCGUCCAUUCCACCCCCCGUUCGCCAUGCGCAACGCAAUCAUUGCCCUCACUCUUGCCGGUGUCGCCUCGGCGCUCUCGGGCCACUCCCCCAUUCUCCGCGAGCACAGCGGCCUCCUCGACGCCGGCAUCAACCUCGCUGCCGAGUUCACACCCCUCUCAACAGGUCUCUACGAGCGUCAGACGGCAGACGACAACUUUACGCAGCAGUGCGCGGCUGCAAACUAUGUCAUCUGCUCCAACAACGCUUCGCAGUGUGCUCCGGCCGGCAGGGUAUGCUGUCCGGAGACCCAGACGAGUUGUGCCGCAGGCCACUUCUGCAUGAAGAAUGGGACAAACUCGGGCUGCUGCAACAAUGCAGCGUUCGACAAUUGCUUCCUGGGCGACGGCCUGCCCAUUAGCCUCAAUGGCGCAGUCUCGAAGAAUGUCGACAUGCACUACGACGUCGACCUCAACGGCGAUUGGUACGACAACAACUGGAUCUGCGAUGGCUCAACCCGCGCCAUCUUCACCAACUCGACCGGUACGGCAACCAUGAUGUUUGACAGGACCAUCGCCGGCUUUGUUAUCUACGCCGGCGCCGAUCAAGGAGCAGAGUACCGCCUCAACAUCACAAACCAAAUCGACAAGGUCGUCUUCCAGAAGGACAACGACGGCUGUAACCCAGGCUACAAGUUUACGUUCAACACCAAGUCGUUCAACUGGCUCAUCCUCACCUGGCUCAUCCCAAGCAACCAGUAUGUCCAGCCCCAGGUUCAGAACCCGGCCAUUCAGUUUGGUCGCAUCACUGUCUACGCCAAUGCAGACGACAUUGCCAAGGUCCAGCUAGGCGACCCGAAUGCCCAGACCGGCUCGUUCUCUGCUCUGACUGCGGCGACCGCUCUCGGCGGUAUGGGCGCAACCGGCAGCGGAGGAGCCUCUGGUAACGGAGGCCCUACACCCGUGAUCACUGGACCUACCACCGCACACCCCGGGGCCUCCGGUGCGCCAAGCGGCAAGCCGAGCGCCGCCCAUUCGCGUGUGUCGUCGCACAGCACUGCAGCCGUGUGCGCCGUCAUCCUCGCCGGGCUGUGGCUCAGCGCUUGA